UUUCAGUAGUCUCCCCAAUCAUGGAAGACGUCACCGUCGCCGUUGCCGGCGAUAUCGACAGCUGCUGCUCCACUCCCUUCGUCAGCGCUCCGUCCAGCCCCGGCCGCGCCACUCCUCCCUCCGGAUUCUACUUCAGCGCACCCGCCAGCCCCAUGCAUUUCGUGCUCUCCUCCACCGCUCUCAAUUCCUACCCCUCCGCCGCCGCCGAUUCCGAUUUCGAUUUCUCAGCCACGCUGCCAUCCACCGCCGCAAACUCACCGGAACACAUGAGCUCCGCCGACGAGCUGUUCUUCAACGGUCAGAUCCGGCCGAUGAAGCUCUCCGCUCCCCUCGAUCCGCUAAUCGAAUCGGAGGAUUUGAAGGUGCGGCGGCGCACCAGAUCCAUGUCGCCGAUGCCGUUGGAGGAGAAAGGAGCGGCGAGGUCUUCGUCGAAGCGGUGGAUAUUGCUGAAGGAGUUUGUGUACAGAAGCAAGAGCGAAGAGCGAAACGAAGGCCACAAGUCGAAGAAAGUGGCGCACAAGGAGAAGGAGAGGAAAAAGAGAAAUAAUGAUGGCGGCGGCGGUAAGAGGAGGGUGAUCUCGGCGUCAGCGCACGAGCUGCAUUACACAGCCAAGAGAGCGCAGGCGGAGGAGUUGAAGAAAAAGACGUUCCUUCCGUACCGGCAGGGGCUGCUUGGGUGUUUGGGCUACGCCUCCAUCAACGCCUUUGCCAAAGCUUUCACUACUGUUUCCUCUACCUAACAAGUAACAACCACACACACACUUAUAUAUAAUAUGAUGAAAUCAAAUCAAAUGGGUGCAUGGAUUAGCAGCGAUUCAAAAUCGUUAUAUGAAUUUUAUCUAUCAAUUGCGGUGGAAGCAGUUAUUAUUUUGUUACCACUUCUAUCAUCUAUGAUUGCUAUU